UUUGUGGUUUGUGUUUUUAUUAAUCAUUCACUACUCCAGCGCAGAGCUCGGACUUUUAUUUUGAAAGGUUGUUUGGUUUCGUGGAUUUUCAAGAGAGGUGUAGUGGAAUUAAUAUAAACGUGUGUGAGAGCAUCUUCUUGUGUGUCAAAGUGUGACACUGCAGCUGUUUAUAACGCAUCUCUAGGACUGACGAUGAACGCCUGUCUGUCCGGCAUCUGAUUCUGUCAAAUAGACGCGCACGCACAAGAAAGAGCGCAGCUCCGAGCUGCAAGCACGCGCAAUGCGCGCGCACGGUACACAGAACACCUGCACGCGCUGCCGCGUCGGAGGACUAAACACGCCAUUUAUUUACCAUUUUGGAAGGGAGAAAAGCGUUGCAUCUGAUUGUUAUUUUAAAAAGAAAACAACUUGCAUCUGCUAAUCGUUUUCGAAGGGGAAGUCUUGACAUUAACAGGAUUUUGAUGUCUGCAGCCGUCAUUAGCGCAGUGUGUGUGUGUGUGCUGGAGGAGAGCACGGGUCUCUGAUGUGCUGCCGUCAUUAAUUCAGAGUGUGUGUGCAUGCGAGAGGAGAGCAUGAGUCUGCUGUCUCUGCUGGCUCGAAUCAUGCGCUAUCUCCUGCUGCGGCCGGAGACUCUGCUGCUCUUCUGUGUCAGUCUGGCUCUCUGGAGUUUCCUCUUCCACACGGAUGAGGUGAAGACCAUCGUGCAGUCCAGCCGCGACGCGGUGAACAUGAUGAAGGGCAAGGUGGCCGAGAUGAUGCAGAACGAGCGCGCGGCUCUGGACGCGCUGGAUGAGGAGUUCUCCAAGACAUGGCAGUACAAGAGCAGUAGUGCAGCAGUGUACUCGAUCCAGGGCAGGAGGGAUCACAUGGAGGACAGAUUUGACAUUCUCACGGACGCACUCAACAAGAGCCAUCCCACCAUCUUUGGCAUCUUCGAUGGGCAUGGAGGGGAGACAGCAGCAGAAUACGCCAAGUCGCAUCUUCCCGUCAUGUUGCGGCAGCAGCUUCAGCGCUAUGAGAAGCAGAAGGAGAACAGCGCUCUGACCCGUCAGUCCAUCCUCAGACAGCAGAUACUCAACAUGGACAAAGAGAUUCUGGAGAAACUGUCGGCCUCCUAUGAUGAAGCAGGCACCACGUGUCUGGUGGCUCUGCUAUCUGAGAAGGAGCUGACUGUAGCUAAUGUUGGCGAUUCAAGGGCAGUUCUGUGCGAUAAAGACGGUAACGCUGUCCCGCUGUCACAUGACCACAAACCCUACCAGCUCAAAGAGCGAAAGAGAAUCAAGAAAGCAGGUGGCUUCAUCAGUUUCAACGGCUCAUGGCGCGUGCAAGGCGUUCUUGCCAUGUCACGUUCCCUCGGCGACUAUCCGCUGAAGAACCUGAACGUGCUGAUCCCUGACCCCGAUGUGCUGACCUUUGACCUGGACAAACUAGAGCCUCAGUUCAUGAUUCUAGCGUCAGAUGGACUCUGGGACGCCUUCAGCAACGAGGAGGCCGUGCAUUUCAUUAAAGAGCGCCUGGAUGAGCCGCAUUUCGGUGCGAAGAGCAUCGUUCUUCAGUCGUUCUACCGCGGCUGUCCGGACAACAUCACCGUGAUGGUGGUCAAGUUCAAGAAAAGAGGCUCCAAAGCCGCCGGGUAGCGAAGGAGACUGAGCUCUCACGUUAAAUAACGUAAUGAAAACAUAUUUUAAUGAAUGAGUGAGUGAAUGAAUGAUUAACAUUAUGCAUAAGUUUUGCGUUAGAUAAAAAUGUAUUUUUUGGAGAAGCAACUAUUUGUAUUUAAAUUGAAUGCAAUUAUUACUCAUUAAAGGAACAGUUCCCGUAUGGAACGUAAAAAUAAAAUUUUUUGAAGAAUCUUUACGCCGCUCUUUCAUAAACUCCUGCAAAGAUCAUGCAACAAAAAAAUAUUAUUUGAAGGACUAAGUUGUAAAAUUUUCAUUUUACGUUUUUUAUCUGUCGUGUUUGGUUUAAUUUCACUGGUUAUUGCAUAUGUAAUAUUGUCAAUAAUUAAAAGUAGGUUGCCUUAAGAAGUAACCCAGCUAACACAUAUAUGCUAAAAAGUUUGAAAAACUGACAAGCGCGAGUCUGGAGAAACACGUAAGCUGUGACAGUGACCCAAAUUGCAAAUCAUCCAUUGAAAAUCUUUCCCUUGUGGGCAUGUUUGCAGUGUGUUUGUAAGAAACAUCCUUCAAGAUGUUUUUAACUUCAAACCGUUGCUUCUGGACAAUAAUCCAUAAUAACACUUAGUUCAUCUCCUGCUGUCUCCCACAUCAAAAUCCAGCCACAUAUUUCUUUAGAGCGGUUUUGGCUUGUAAACGGUGCUUGAUCUGUGCAGAUUUCUCUCCUGAUUAAGACCAGACCACUUUUUCACUGGAGGAAGCAUUAUUAUGGAUUAUGGACUCGUAUUUUAGUUAAAAACAUCCUAAUGGUGGAUUUGUUUCAGCUUUUGUCUUCUCUAAAUGUUAACUGAUGGACUGGAUUAUUUGUUGAUUAUUGUGAUGUUUUUAUCAGUUCUGACGGCACCCAUUCACUUCAGAGGAUCCAGUGGUGAAACAGUGAUGGAAUGACACAUUUCAGCAUUAAAACUUUGCACAAUGCACUGAUUUCUAAAUCUGAACAUGAAUGAAAUUUAGAGCUUUGGUGAAGGGAAAUCUUUUCGAUGAAUAAAUACUUCAUUGUGGGUCUGUUUCUCACACUAAGCUUUGGUAACAGGGUGUCAUCAGUCAUUUUUUUCAUUCAAAACAUAUUUCAUUUUACAGUAAUGUUAAUAUUUCACAUUUUCAGUUAAUACAGAGACAUUUAUAAUGAGCUGAAGGUAAUAUUCAGCACUGCAGAAUAAACAACUUCAUAAAUUUCAGGUGUAUCUGACUUACGGCCUGUCACAGCCUUGACUUAAUUCAAUAUGAUUAUUGGAAGAUUUUAAUCCAAGUAUGUUGCCUUAUUUUAAUUAACAUGCUCUUAUAAUUUUUAUUUUUUUUUGUGUGUGUAAACUCUUGUGUUGUUCAGAAUUUGUUUACAGUGUCCAGAAA